CUCGCGAGGCGCUGAUAUUGAGGGCGGACAAAGCUAAUGAUCGUGGCUGGAUGAGCCAGUUCUUCUUUGUGCAAAAAGAUUCCCUAAGUUCUGAGGGCGCAUUUCUUGAAGAGAGUUUACACAAAGAUAGGAAGACUAUCCCCUUGAGCUAUGGUCCAGACUCUGAAGGAAGGACUGUCAAAAUUUUAUCUUUAACUACUGCCGAACGGACCUUUGGGAAUCUAGUGGUUGAUAAUGAAGGUAUGUCUCCCACUCCUGACCAUUCUCGGUCCGUUGGAUUAAGGCGCUCUCGCCGUAAUAUUCAGAACAUCCUUGACGAUGCCCAAGAUUCACGCGCGGUCUCUGUAGAUGAUUCAGACCAUGAAUCAGAGACCUCGAGGGGUGGAGGUGAAAAUGCAAGUGCUUUCGUUCCUCUUCAGAUGGUGUUUCCCGGUGGUCAGGAUUCCUGUUCUCUUCCAGCAAAACGUUCUGCACAACACGCUGCUGUUUCUUCGUCUAACACACGGCCGAUACCUUCUGAUUACGAUCUUCUUAACAUGGUUUCGAGAAAGAAGAAAAUCCC